UUAUUAAAUAAAUUAAUAAAUUCAACAAUUUUUUUUUUAAUUAGUUAGUAGUUAGAUAUUUUGAAAUUAUUAAUCUUACAGUUACACCUACAAUAAAUAAUUUAUAAUUAAUUAAAUCAAAAAAUAAUUAUGAUAAAUUUAUAAAAAUGGACAAUGCUAGCACUGAUACACCUAUGAUCAUUUUUAAUAAUAAAGAACUAUUAUUAAAUUGUACUGUAGUCAGAGAAAAUUUAAAUUCAAAUGUAAUAAAUAAUUCAGUUAAACCAGCAAAUUUAAAUAUACUCACUAAGUAUGCACCUGGAAAGACUUUAUUACUAUCAAAUAGUAAUAACCAGCAAAAAAGAAAAGGUAAAGUACGCUUCAAAUGCUUACAUUGUGACUACUUAACUUUCAAGAAACAAAAUUUAGUACUACAUCUUCAGAAAAAACAUGAGACUAAAAAAUUACAAGAAAUUGAAAAUCACGGUAUGAGAAAAACUAUUGAAGUAUUUGCAUGUGCUAUUUGUAAGAUGACUUUUGGUACCUUAGAAAAAUGCCAAGAACAUUCAUUACAGCAUACAUAUAAAGAGAUAUACAAUAAUUCUAGUAAAAAUCAACCGAGUAAGAUUAUUACCACUAAUAAAAUUAAUUAUGAAGAUAUUGAAUAUAUUGCUAAAUGUGAAUAUUGUAAAUGUAAAUUCAGAUCAGAAAAUUCAAAAGCACUUCAUUUAUUAUGUCAUUCAAAUGAUAGUAAAGACUACAAAUGUAGUGAAAAGGAUUGUAAUUUUGUAACAUCAAGGUGGAAUACUUGUAGGACUCACUUGUGGAAAAGUCACAAAAUUAAUAUUGAUAUGUUUAAGUGUCACGUUUGCAAAAGAUAUGUGACUACAACUUAUCAUAAUCUAGUGAAUCACAUAUCAAUGAAACAUGGUAAAACUCUUACUUGUGUUGACUGUGGUGCUAAAUUUGAGAACUCCAUCCAACUACAAAAUCAUAGAGUAUUUCAUUCAAAGGCAAAAUGUACUAAUAAAGAAAGAUGGUACACGGAAAAAACUUGUUCAAUAUGUCAUAUGACAUUAGCAAAUUCAAAAAGUUUAAAACUUCAUACAAAAAAUGUUCAUUUAAAAUUGAAACCUUAUGUUUGUCAAGUAUGUAAUCACAAUUCAGCUACAAAGCACAUGAUGCAAGUUCAUAUGCGUCAGCAUACUGGUGAAAAACCAUUUUCAUGUAAUGCACCAAACUGUAACUUCAAAACAGGUGAUCAUAAUUCACUGCGACGACACAAACUUCGUCAUUCUGAAGACAGACCGUAUAAAUGUUUACAUUGUGACUACAAGUGUAUACAAGUAACAGCACUCAAAAGUCAUAUAACAAAUAACCAUCAAAAUAUAAUAGGCAGUUCUUAUUUUCUAUGUAAUCAGUGUACGUUUGGAAGUGUUAGUUUGAAAAGAUAUAAUGAUCAUUUGAUAAGUCAUGAUAACAAAACUCAAAAUGGUGUAGAAGUUAGUCCUGUUAAACACCAUGAUAGUAAAAUUGAUAUAACUGAUGAUGAUGAUACAGCACAAGGUUUUGUUGAUGAUACAGGUGGUAUAACUAUUUCAGAAAGUACUACGUGUAUUGUGUUAAAUGCAGAUGAUAAUGCAAUUAUGCUCACAUAAAAAUGGAAUUUUUCAUUGAACUCUAAAAAAUUACUCCAUUUAAAAUCAGUAAAAUAUUGUUUAAAUAUAUAUGAAAAUAUGUCAUACAA